GCGGCUCGCCACACAGAAUUUUAAAUAAGGGAGCCAGAGCAGCCAAUGUGCAGCUCGUCUCCAAGCAGAGCCAGUAACAGCGGAUGGCUGCCUGCAGGAGGAGCAGGAAGCUGCUGCUGCUGCUGCACUGAAGAGGAGGAGGCAGAGGUGGUGGCGGAGGAGAGGAGGUGUUUCAAACAGCCGCCCUACCUGAGCCACUAGCAGGGAAAUGGACACAUGUUGAGUGAUCUCCAGCAGCAGCAGCAGCAGGAGGAGGAAGGGCAAGAAGAGGCCAGUCACAGCAGCGUGAAUUCGGUGGACCCCUGGCUGGAGGCAGGCAGCUCUCCUUCUCAUCAGCAGCGAGGUUAUGCCACGCCUCAGACUUACUGGUUGCCUGCUAAUGAAAGAGAAGGGUUGAUAUUUGCCCGAACAUUGCAUGACGGUCCAUAGAUCUUAAACCAAGAUGGCAGAUGGAAAAAAUGCUCCUUUGGGAGGCAUCUUCACUACAGUGCAGCAGGAUGGGGAGGGUGCUGAGACGGCCUUUCCUGGCACGGAGGAUGAGGAGGAUUUGGACAAGACCUUGGCUAUCGAACGGUUCGGAGACUUGAUCAGCAAGUCUGUGCUAAGAGACCAGGAGAAGCUAGGUCGCAGCUACAGCGAGAGCGACUUUGAAUUCCAUCGCCAGACAUCCCACCACAUCCAUCACCCCCUCUCCACCCACCUGCCUCUCCCCUACAAGAAGAGACUUCCUCACUCUGACAGAAAGAAGAAGAAAAAGAAAAAACCAAGAAAGACCUCUGUACCUCCCUCUGAUGUCACCCCCACCAUCCAGGAGGUGGAGGAAGAGGAAGAAGAGGAGGAGGAAGAAGAGGAAGCAGAAUCUGAAGGGGAGGAGGUUCUAGAGAAGGAUGCCUCGGCAGAGUCUGACCUUGAAGCCUCUCCCAAAGGAGAGUCUCAUGGCAAACCAAAAGCAGGGCUGGCAGAAGGAAGCAUUGAGAGUGAGGUGCUUUUGAUCUUUUCUGUUUCAGAAGCCAAAAGAACUUGGCCAGCCUCGACUUGGUUUAUCAUUGGGAGUGAUGAGGAGGAGGAAGAGGAGAAGGAGGAGGAGGAAGCCUGUGGCAGCCCAUGCCCUUUGCCAUUUCAUGUGGCAGAGGAAUGCAGUCACCUCUCUCCACUCCCUUAUCUCUCCGAUCUGCUGCCAGAGAAGGGACCUAUUUCUUCCAAAAGUUUCCCUGGAUAUAAAGAUAACAGAGUUUGGGACAAGCGCAAACUUUGGAGUCAGGUGCCAAGUGGGCAACGGGCAAGCUACGACUUGAAGGAGAGGGUGUGUAUCGGCAGCAUGACCGCUAUGGAGAGUGCCACCUACCAGCGAAUUCCCACAGAUGAAGCUGAGGCUCAGAUGCUGGCUUCUGCUGACCUGGAUGAUAUGAAAAGCCACCGUUUUGAAGAUAAUCCAGGAGUAAGAAGACAUCUGGUUAAGAAACCCUCCCGGAGCCAGACUACCAGAAGCAGCAAAAAGUCUUUGACUUCACAGUCUGUCAAGAAGAAGAAGAAGAAGAAGAAGCUUGACAGGAAACCCCACGAGGUAUUUGUCGAGUUGAAUGAAUUAGUGGUGGAAAAGAACCAGGACAUGCACUGGAAGGAGACAGCGCGCUGGAUCAAAUUUGAGGAGGAUGUGGAGGAGGACACAGCACGGUGGGGGAAGCCUCAUGUGGCUUCACUGUCCUUUCGCAGCCUUCUGGAGCUCAGGAAAACUAUUGCCCAUGGAGCUGUUCUGUUGGACCUGGAGCAAACAACAUUACCUGGCAUUGCUCACCUGGUAGUAGAGACCAUGAUAAUAUCAGACCAGAUCAAGGCUGAAGACAGAGCCAAUGUGCUCAGGGCCCUGCUGCUCAAGCACAGCCACCCUAAUGAUGAAAAGGAGGUAUUCUUUCCCCGGAACCAUUCCAACUCCAGCAUGAACUCUAUGGUAGGAAACCACCAUCACCACCACAAUCAUGCAGUUGACACAUGCAUGCCAUUGAUGGGGGAAGAGCGCAUUGAGAUGACAGAGCCCAGAAUCCAUGACCCUGAUUAUAGAGAGAAAAACAUGCACCUUCACAGCUCUGAGGGACACCGUGGCAAAUAUCUCAAGCUGAUGGAGAAGAUUCCCGAUGAUGCAGAGGCCACUGUAGUGCUUGUUGGUUGUGUUCAGUUCCUUGAGCAACCAACAAUGGCUUUUGUCCGUUUGAAUGAGGCUGUGUUCUUGGAGUCAGUCCUGGAAGUCCCAAUUCCUGUUCGCUUCAUCUUUGUCUUGCUGGGGCCAAGCCAGUCCAACAUGGACUACCAUGAGAUCGGACGUUCCAUCUCCACUCUCAUGUCAGACAAGCAUUUCCAUGAAGCUGCUUACAUGGCAGAUGACCGCCAGGACCUGCUCAAUGCCAUCAAUGAGUUCCUCGACUGUAGCAUUGUCAUCCCUCCAUCAGAAGUGGAGGGGAAGGAUUUGCUCAAGUCAAUUGCCACCUUCCAGAAAGAGCUGCUGAGGAAGAGGAAAGAGCGGGACCAGAAGAAGUCCACCAAAGAAGGGAAUGUUCAGGAAGCCAAAGAGAUCUGUGAGGUAAAAGCUGAGGAGGAGGAAGAAGGCGAGGAGGAGGAUGACCCUCUGAAGCGCACUGGCAUUGUCUUUGGUGGUUUGGUGCGGGACAUAAAGCGCAGGUACCCCAAGUAUCUGAGUGACCUCAAAGACGCCCUGCACAGCCAGUGCCUCGCAGCUGUGCUAUUCAUCUACUUCGCUGCUCUCUCCCCCGCCAUCACCUUUGGGGGACUGCUAGGUGAGAAGACAGAAGGUCUCAUGGGCGUUUCGGAGUUGAUCAUCUCCACCUCAGUGCUGGGCAUGCUCUUUUCUCUGCUGAGUGCCCAGCCUCUCCUUGUCAUUGGCUUCUCAGGGCCCCUGCUGGUCUUUGAAGAAGCUUUUUACAAGUUCUGCCAGAGCCAGGGCAUUGAGUAUCUAACAGGCCGGGUGUGGAUUGGCCUCUGGCUUAUUGUCUUCAUUUUCAUCAUUGUGGCCGCUGAGGGCAGCUUCCUGGUGCGAUACAUCUCCCCCUUUACCCAGGAGAUCUUUGCCUUCCUUAUCUCCCUCAUCUUUAUUUAUGAAACAUUCUACAAACUUUACAAGGUAUUUACAGAGCACCCACUACUGAGGUUCUACCCGCCAAAUCUUCCGAGAGAUCUAAAUAGCAGCACAUUGCCUCCUGAUUCCAUGGCUCUUGACACUCAGAUGCAGCCCAACACUGCCCUGCUGUCCCUCAUCCUCAUGUUGGGAACCUUCUUCAUUGCAUUCUUCAUGCGCAAGUUUAAGAACAGCCGUUUCCUAGGAGGAAAGGCCCGGCGAAUCAUUGGAGAUUUUGGAAUCCCUAUCUCCAUCCUUGUCAUGGUUCUGGUGGACUACACCAUCACUGAUACAUAUACCCAGAAGCUGAAUGUUCCCUCAGUGCUGUCAGUCACAACCCCCAACAAGCGUGGCUGGUUCAUCCAUCCCUUAGGAAGCAACCAGGUGUUUCCCAUGUGGAUGAUGUUUGCUUCUGCCAUCCCUGCACUUCUGGUCUUCAUCCUUAUCUUUAUGGAAACCCAGAUCACCACCCUGAUUGUCAGCAAGAAGGAACGGAAGUUGAUAAAGGGAUCGGGCUUCCACCUUGAUUUGCUGCUCAUUGGUACAAUGGGAGGGCUCUGUGCCCUUUUUGGGCUGCCUUGGCUCACGGCUGCCACGGUCCGCUCAGUCACUCACGUCAACGCCCUCACAGUCAUGAGCAAGGCAAUUGCACCUGGUGAGAAGCCAAAGAUUGAGGAAGUGAAGGAGCAGCGUGUGACAGGAGUGCUCAUCGCUGGCCUUGUUGGCCUGUCCAUCGUGAUGGGGAAUGUACUACGGCAGAUCCCAUUGGCUGUGCUGUUUGGGAUUUUCCUAUAUAUGGGUGUGACGUCACUGACUGGCAUCCAGCUCUAUGAGCGGCUCCUCCUUAUCUUCAUGCCAUCCAAACACCAUCCUGAUCAUGUCUAUGUUGUCAAGGUGAAGACCUGGAGAAUGAACCUGUUCACAUGCAUCCAGCUAGCCUGCAUUGUGCUGCUGUGGGUGGUGAAAUCCACUGUGGCAUCGCUGGCUUUCCCAUUUGUCCUGAUCAUGACAGUCCCCCUGCGACGAUUCCUGCUGCCACGUUUCUUCCAUGAGAGAGAACUCAAAGCGCUGGAUUCCGAGGAUGCAGAACCAAACUUUGAUGAAGAUGGGCAGGAUGAGUACAAUGAGCUUCACAUGCCUGUGUGAGAAGUUGGCAUGUGUCUACUGGCCCUGGUACUCCCUUGGCUUCAUGGGAUAAGCCUUCUUUCCCUGUGCUUUCCUUGAACAACCACCAACCUGAAGUGGCUUUGAAAUUAUUGUGGGCCUGGACCAACUGGCAGCUGUGUCAUAGCCCUUCAAGGAAGCUCCAGGCCACAAAAGGAAGCUUGGGCCAAGCAGCGCAAGAGAUGCUGCCUUCUGGACAGACACAGAGUAUGGGGCCAGCACCACCACCCCCCAUUUCCCCCAAGCAGAGCUUGCUGGUGUUGGUGCUGUGCCAUGCGUAGGCCAGAGUAGGUACCUUAGCCAGCUCUCAUUAGCCUCCUCCCCUCAGAAGAGAAGUAGACUGCAAUGUUUUGCUAAGGGGAGAACAGCAGCAGGCCAGCAAAGGAAAAGAGCAGCUAGGUCCUGCCAGAAAUGCCAAGCCUGAUAGCAUUCAGGCAGAGCCAACAGAUUCCUGGGGUGGGAGAUUUCACAUGCACCGACUGGUCUCUCCAUGCUGAACCGUUGCCAUUCAGUCCCAUGACUGUGCCCAUGAACAUUCAACAGUUUGUGGUCCACCUCCCAUUCUGCAUGAUGUCCUUAGCUAAGAUUUCCUGCCCACAGAAGACUCUGAACCUCUUCCAUUUGAGGAAUGGCAGUGAUGAUUGCUGAAGCCAGUAAACUGCUGGGUGAGUGAGCAAGGGCCUUGUGCACCCUGAUUUGCUCUGCAAGUAUAAUGCAGGUACUUGUGCAAUAUCCAUGUGCACAUGCGUCUGCUUGUGCACGGUGCUGUGCCUGUUCUCACCAUCUCUCAGGACAGCCGUAAAGGUGGCGCAAAGAGUAGACAGUGAUUUGUGAAGUAGAUCUCCACCCCCAGACAGAAAAAGGAAGUGCAGGUAAAACUUGCCAACAUAACCCGGAGACCAGGAAACAGCUAACCUAAUGAUUGAAUGAAGACUAUGAUCAUCUCAUGGUCAGGAAAUCAUCACACAGAUUUGACACCACUCUUGUGGCUCACUGCCCUCUUCAGGUCCAGUGGAAAACAGGAACUCCCAACAUCAGUGUAGUAGGCAAGCGGAAACACUGGCACCUUGGCCUUUGGUAUUUUCCUGAUCACGUAACAGAACCUCUUACCUAUUGUACUAGACUUUGUGCUCCAGACUACAACUCCUCCUUCAGUAUUUCCAGUUUCAUCUUGUUUCUUGCUGUAGCCUCUUCCUCACAGCUCCUGCUCUAUUCUCCAUCCUCUGCACGGCUAUUGCAUUUCUCACCUUGUUCUUGCCUUGUAGUGGCCCCAGCUUGAGCAAGAUUCACUACCAGAUCCAAGUCUCCAGGAGGCCACCCCCUUAGCAACUGGAAUGGGGAUGGCUCUGAGGAGGGCUGAGGUACUCUGCCACUGUGGCAUUGAGCCAUUGCACUGUAUGAGCCCUCUGUAGCACUUGGGGCUUCUCUUCAUUCAUCCCUUGACAUUUCCAAGUUGGUGGCCUCCAAUUCCUGGCUCCUCCUCAGUCCCUCACAACCACUCCCCCAACACCAUCGUCAGCUGCCUUCUUGUACUCUUAAACCCUGCUAUUUUCAUAUUUCACUUCAACUGCCAUAUAAAGAAAAUUCAGAUUUUUGUGAUAGGACUAAAUUGCACAGAAAUAUGCAUUUGUUUCAGUCACCGAAUCUGAUUUUUAGAAACAGAAUACUGUGCUUCCUUGUACUUCAUUGGUGAAUGUCACGUAUCUAGUCCUGGGCACUGCACAGGUGGUGUGUUCCAUGUGGUUGAGCACAUGCACAAACACCAUCAGUGCAAGGUUUCAAAGAGCUGCUCUCCCACUGGGCCAUCACAUGGGGACUCUACACUGUGAUGUCCUGUAGCUAAAUCUGUUGUGUUAGAUUACGUAUAUGGAAUAAUGGGGUGUGCAAAUGUGCCAGCUGUGACUCCUGCCGUACCCAGGCAUAAAACCAUGUGGCUUAAGAGUUUGGCUCAUGGAACUACUCUGGGCCAUUGCUUGCUCCCUGUCUAUAAAAUGGAGGCUGUCCCUCCCCACCUACCUCAGGGGCUGCCUGCUGAUGGCUGGAUAGUUAUGAGGCCAUAGGUUUUCCUCUACUCAUUCCCAGCUGGCUGCCAGCCUGCCCCACCCAUAGACAGUGACCUCCAUUGUGCCCUGCAUAGCCAGGAUUAGGAAACUUGAACUGUUGGGGGCAAAGUCCCUGGUACUCUGCCUGUGCAUUACGACUCCUCUGAAUGUAAUAGGAAUGGAUAUGCACCAAUAAACCCUUCAAUGGA